CCAAUCAAUCCCACGCGCACAAGUCCAGCCGAAAGACAACCGCGCCCCCGUACCCGUCCCCCGCCGGAAGAACAACGGAAAAAAUAGAGCGAACGACACGGUCGAGCUCAGCAACGGCGACAGAGAGAGGGGAGACCAUGCAGGGCGACGGCGAGGUGCUGUUCCUGGGCGGCGUCGGGGAGGUCACCGUCACCCUCGGCCACGACGGCCUCUCCUUCCUGCCUCUCCACCCGGAAUUGGGUUCUUCAUGUUUGUCAUCUAUCGGAUUACUACCAAAAUUAGAGAACAAAAUCAAGUUUUCGGAUGUUUAUGCUGUGGAGCUUCUUGAUGAAGGUCCUGUAUGUGGACCUUGGAAUACAAGAAUUGUCGUCCAAAGCAAGAAAAAUAGUGAGAUGCACCGCUUUGCUGUACAUGUAAUCACCAGAUCAAGAAAACACCCUUCUCAAUUGGUACCUUGUGAAUAUCUUUUUGGACACAAAGACCCGGAGACCUGCAAAAGCUGGGUUGAGCAUCUCAGUGCAUGCAUAAAUAAUGAACAGGACAGGCCCAAGAACCUGAUGGUGUUUGUCCAUCCACUUUGUGGAAAAGGUAGAGGAUGCAAAAAUUGGGAAAUGGUAGCUCCGUUAUUUGACCGGGCAAAAGUAAAUACAAAGGUGAUAAUCACGGAAAGAGCAGGACAUGCAUAUGACACCUUAGCAUCAAUAUCAGAUAAAGAGCUCAAGAAAUUUGACGGUGUUGUUGCAGUGGUAUGUUGAUUUAUUUUUUAUAAUGCUUGGUUAACAUUUUCUGUUCUUAUAGUUCGGGAAGUGUUGUAUAACUACAAUUAGUCAUGAUGUUUGAAGUCGUUUUCAGUGAGAUGAGUCCUGAAUUUCUUAUUUCCAAACUGUUACGUAAUUUAUGAGUAGUUUUAGAAUGACUAUUGUUAGUCAUCACUAGUUUAUUUUAAGGUACAAGCUGAUAAGAGAUUAAA